GGCGGGGUCGUCAGAACAAGCGGGGCGCUUGUCCCGCGAGAAGCUGCUCGAGAAGUGGCGGGAGUGGCGGCUAUGGAAGCGCUGGAGGAGAAAGAGGCGCAGGUUGCUGCCUGGUUGAAAAAAAUAUUUGGAGAUCAUCCCAUUCCACAAUAUGAGGUGAAUCCGCGGACAACGCAGAUUUUGCAUCACCUUUCAGGACGCAACAGGGUCCGGGACAGGGAUGUCUACCUGGUAAUAGAGGACUUGAAACAAAAAGCAAGGGAAUAUGAAUCAGAAGCUAAGCAUCUUCAAGACCUUCUCCUGGAGAGUGUGAAUUUUUCCCCUGCCAAUCUCUCUAGCACUGGUUCCAGGUAUCUGAAUGCUUUGGUUGACAGUGCUGUGGCCCUUGAAACAAAGGAUACCUCACUAGCUAGUUUUAUCCCUGCAGUGAAUGAUUUGACCUCUGAUCUUUUUUGCACCAAAUCCAAAAACGAAGAAAUCAAGCUUGAAUUGGCAAAACUUGAGAAAAAUCUAACUGCAACUUUAGUAUUAGAAAAAUGUCUACAAGAGGAUCUCAAGAAGGCAGAGUUGCAUCUGUCUAUGGAAAGGACCAAAGUUGACAAUCGUCUUCAGAACAUGGACUUCCUAAAAGCCAAGUCAGAGGAGUUCAGGUCUGGAAUUAGAGCUGCAGAGGAGCAACUUUCAGCCAGAGGAAUGGAUGCUUCCCUGUCUCAUCAGUCACUGGUAGCACUUUCAGAGAAAUUGGCAGAACUAAAAGGACAGACUAUACCUUUGAAGAAAAAAUUGGAGUCCUAUUUAGAUUUAAUGCCGAAUCCAUCUCUUGCUCAGGUGAAAAUUGAAGAAGCAAAGCGAGAAUUAGAUACUGUUGAAGCUGAACUUACAAAGAAAGUAAACAUGAUGGAACUGUGACCAGAGCCAAAUAAAUUUCAUCUUAACAAAGUAAACUGAAUAGGACUUUAAAGCAUUAUUUCCUCAUGGCAUUCCUUACACCUUAAUUUCUGUGUUCUUAGAUGAGAUAAUAAUGUCAUUAUUGAUAGAAUAGUGGUUUCUGAUUGUGUAUUAAAUUUUUAUGCUCAAAUACA